AUGGCGCUUCAAGUCAUUCUAUGGCUUACCCUGGCCACCUUCGUAUACUCGAGUCCAUUCUCUGCCAUUCAAACAGAAUCGUCAUCUCACCAAUUUCCUCCAACCGUCACUCUCACCCCAGCAGGCCACCAUCACCCAAGGACCGUCUUUGUGGGCCGAUCUCUCCCUGACUUCAAGCAGGAUCUCUUCCUCGGAAUCAAGUACGCUGACCAGCCCGCUCGAUUCACUCCCUCCAAAUUGAAGAGAUCAUACACCUCCCAAGACAGCAAUUCCGGUGUCUAUCAUCCUUCUACCCUCGAUGAAAGUGUUCAGUCCGAUUCUCGAUCUAAAACAGUCUAUUACAACGCCACCCAAUACGGCUAUGAUUGCCCUGGCUAUGGAUCCGAUACAACCAAAUUGGUAGAUCAAGGUCUGGUCACGCUCCAUGAGGACUGUCUGAAUCUCAAUAUCAUCCGGCCGCAGCACCCUCGGCGAGAAGGGUCACCACUCCCAGUCAUGUUGUGGAUUUUUGGAGGGGGGUGGACACAAGGUGCUACUGCUGAUCCGCGAUAUAAUAUGAGCUACGUUGUUCAACAGAGUGCUUUGAAUGGAAAGCCGGUUUUGGGCGUGUCGAUAAAUUACCGCCUGUCGGCGUUUGGGUUCUUGGACUCGAAAGAGGUCAGGGCGGAAGGAAACACGAAUCUCGCCCUUCGAGAUCAACGAGUGGCUAUGAGAUGGGUCAAGGAGAAUAUUCGCUCGUUUGGGGGAGAUCCAGAUCGUAUUACGAUCUGGGGAGAGUCAGCGGGAGCAUAUAGCGUCGGUGCACAUCUGGUGACGAAUAACGGAGACAACGAGGGACUCUUCAGAGCUGCAAUCAUGGAAUCUGGAAACGCAGUCGGUCCACCCUACAACGGCACCGAGUGGCAUCAACCCAUGUACGAUCGAAUCGUCCAGCGGACAGGAUGCACCAAUUCUAUAAACACGCUCCAAUGUCUUCGACAUCUGCCCUACCAAACAUUCUACGACAAUGCUUUCGAGGGACUUGAAUGGUUCGCUACGGUUGAUGGCCACUUCAUCACGCAGUACCCACAGAUCAGCUAUCGCCAAGGCAAAAUUGCCAGAGUACCCAUCUUGCUCGGUACGAAUACCGAUGAAGGGACGAGUUUUGGGACGACGGGUGUCGAUACGGACGAGGAUUGCAUUGCUGAAUUGACGGCAUCCAAACGCUGGGUUCUCACCCACCAAGAGGCCACCCGUCUCCUUUCAUACUAUCCCAACAUCUCCGCCGCAGGAUGUCCCUACGGCUGGGGUAACGUCACCUGGCCCGAUAAGGGACUGCAAUACAAGCGCUAUUCAUCCAUGGCGGGAGAUCUGACCAUGGUUGCGCCGCGUCGGAUGCUCGCACAGGUCAUGUCCCGAUUCACCCGACAUGUCUAUUCCUACCGCUGGGAUGUUCCGGCCCUCAAUUCGACGACGACGAUCGGAGUGCAGCAUUUUGCCGAGAUUCCAUUUGUCUUUGCAAACCCCGUUCAAGAUAUCACGCCUCUAGGAACCGAUCCGGCUCGACUGUCGUUGGGGCAAUUAGCUGCUCGCAUGUGGACGUCUUUUGUGGUGGAUCUCGAUCCGAAUGGGCAUGGAGUUUCUGGGAUACCGCGCUGGCCUCGAUAUUCGUCUCAGUCGUCCAACUUUGUCUUUCGCUUGCCACGGCGCGAGACUUACGUGGAAGCGGACACCUACCGCGCGUCGGGAAUGGCUUAUAUCAACAGUAUUGCGCGAUGA